AUGUCCACCGCAGCUAAACGAAGAUUGAUUCGGGAUUUCAAGAGACUAGCUUCGGAUCCUCCCAUAGGUAUCUCAGGUAGUCCCAAUCCUGAUAAUAUCAUGAUCUGGAAUGCAGUCAUAUUUGGACCUCCCGAUACACCAUUCGAAGACGGCUCUUUCCGACUCACUCUAACAUUCUCCGAUUCGUACCCUAACAAACCUCCUACCGUCCGAUUCGUCUCCAAGAUGUUCCAUCCGAACAUCUACGCCAAUGGCGAACUGUGUUUGGAUAUCUUGCAGAACCGUUGGUCCCCCACUUAUGACGUCGCGGCGAUUCUGACUAGUGUACAGAGUCUCUUGAAUGAUCCGAAUCCUGCUUCCCCAGCAAACGUAGAUGCAGCUUCACUGUUCAAAGAAAACCUAAAAGAAUACGAAAGACGAGUCAAGCAAACCGUCGAACAAUCAUGGCUUGACAAUCCAGAUGAAAUUGAGGUAGAUGAACCUUCGACUAGCACGACUGCUCAGGCCGUUACGGCGUAG